CGCUCGCUACACAGCGUAUUCACAUCCUCCAGGACAGAGGCUCUGACAGCGGUGACAGAGAUGGCAGAGGGAGAUGAUCUGCAGGCAUUUACAUCCAUCAUGGACGCCCUCGUCAGGAUUAGUACAAGCAUGAAGAACAUGGAACGUGAGCUCUUGUGCCCAGUGUGCAAGGAGAUGUACAAGCACCCUGUGAUCCUGCCGUGUAAACAUAACGUGUGCCGUGUGUGUGCCAGUGAGAUCCUUUUGCAGAGAGGAUAUGUCUGUGACCCCAACUCUGAGCCUAACUCUCCAGCAUCCUCUCCUUCUACACGAAGUCCACGCAUGGGAAGGAGGAUUGUCCCCAAACAGGAGCGCAUUAUCAAAUCAGGAUUUGGUACAUACCCUGGCAGGAAACGGGGCCCUACCCAUCCACAAACUGUUCUUUUCCCAUGCCCUCUCUGCCAGCAUGAUGUGGACCUCGGGGAAAGAGCUCUGGGGAACCUUUUUCGAAACUUGACCUUGGAGCGUGUUGUUGAGCGGUAUCGGCAAACGGUGAACAUUAGUUCAGCUAUCAUGUGCCAGUUCUGUAAGCCCCCACAACAGGAGGCCAGUAAGGGCUGCACGGAAUGCAGAGCCAGUUUCUGUAAUGAAUGCUUCAAGCUCUAUCAUCCCUGGGGCACCCAGAAAGCCCAGCAUGAACCCACACCGCCAACCCUCAGCUUCAGACCCAAGGGCUUGAUGUGUCCAGAGCACAAGGAAGAGGUUUUAUUAUAUUGUAAGACGUGCCAGCGUUUGGUUUGUCAGAUCUGCAGAGUACGUAGGACACACAGUGGCCACAAGAUCACUCCAAUUAUCAGCGCCUAUCAAGCAUUGAGGGACAAGUUAGGUAAGAGCAUGAUAUACAUCUUGGGGAGUCAGCAUAUUGUGCACGGUCAGAUUAGUGAACUUGAGGAGAGCAUCAGACAGACAGAGGUAAGUGGAGCAAAGGCAGAGGAGGAGGUACUGCAGUUAAUUGCUUCUCUGCGUUCCUUACUUGAAGAAAAGCAAACCACUCUAACCAGAAACAUUGCAGAAAAACAGCGUGAACGGCACUGCGUUCUCGAAGCACAGGUCUCGGAAAGACAAGCACUUCUAGAUGGUUCAGGACUCAUAUGCUAUGCUCAAGAGGUCAUGAAAGAAACUGACCAGCCCUGCUUCAUCCUAGCAGCAAAGCAAUUGCACGAACGGAUGAUGAAAGCUAUAGAUAACGUGCAGAGUUUCCGUGCCGCGGCAUGUGCCCCUCUGCCAACCUUCAAGCUGGAUGUAAGCCGAGAGAUGAAGAUGCUAAAUGAACUGACCUUUGUCCGAGCUCCGGACGCCCCUGUCAUUGACACUCAGCGCACUUAUGCAUAUGACCAGAUCUUUCUGAGCUGGCGGCUUCCCCAGGACUCAGCCCCUGCCUGGCACUACACAGUGGAGUACCGCAAGACAGACCCUAAACACAAAGGCCUUAAGUUGUGGCAACGGCGGGAGGAAGUGUGGGGACUCAGCACUGUGCUAGAGGGUCCAGACAUCGAUAGUGUAUAUGUGCUAAGGGUGAGGGGCUAUAACAAGGCUGGCUAUGGGGAAUACAGUGAAGACAUCUACUUGCACACUCCCCCUGCACAAGUACUGAACUUUUUCCUGGACAGCAGUUGUGGCUUUCCCCGUGACCGAUUGGUGGUCAGUAAGGACAGGAGGGCAGUGCGUAGCGUACCUGGGGUUCCCAUGCUCUUUGCAGCUGAGCGUUUAAUGACCAGCUGUCAUGUUUCCAUGGAACUGGUCCUCGGAGAUGUGGCAAUCACACAAGGUCGUUACUAUUGGGAGUGCUUAGUAGACCACAGUUCGUACGUGGUCAAAGUUGGUGUGGGACAGGAAUCUAAACUGCAAGAGUUAUUCCAGAAUUCACAAGACGUGGUCAGUCCCAGUAGGUAUGAUCCUGAUAGUGGACAUGAUUCUGGAGCAGAAGAUGCAACUCUGGAUAUGUCUCCUGCAUUUUCCUUCUUGACCAUCGGUAUGGGAAAGAUCUUGCAGCCCCACGGAUCCCCACCAACUUCCAGGGACCCUACCGGUUGCACCAUCUCUCUUCCUCCCCGCCUUGGGAUCUGUCUGGACUAUGAGAAGGGACGAGUGGGCUUCUUUGAUGCUGUGUCCCACCGCCUUUUAUGGGAAGGCAGCGUGGACUGCUCUGGGCCCGUGUGCCCAGCCUUUUGUUUUAUUGGAGGUGGCGCCCUUCAGCUGCAAGAGCUGGUGUCCAUUAAACAUGAGCGCAAGGUGACUAUUGGGGGUUUUACAAAAGCAGAAUGAUUCCCAUUCAAAACACAAACAUCUACCUAUCCACAGCCUGUAAGGGAAUCACUCAGCCACCACACAGAAGAACUGUUUCAGUAAGAACAUGUUCAAUGGUAAUAUGGCUGCUCCAGGAGUAAGAUUGAAUGGGCCAGAAAGAGGGGACUAGUUGAAAAACUGGUCAUUGCAUCCCUGUAUACGGUUAUCUGUCUCAACAUCCCCCGUCACCAUCAUUGGCCGCUCUGUCCUGUCUACACCAAUGUCUGUCUCCCCAGCUCCUCUACACCACUAUCUCUCUCCCCAUUGCCUCUACACCAAUAACUGUCUUAACAUCCACUCUGCACUACUAAAUGGCUAUUCAUUUUCUCCUACCCUAUCACCUGUCUCUUCACAACUACCGAUCUCUCUAUCUCCUCUACGACAUUAUCUAUCUCUCCAUCCAAUCUACAUUAUCAUUCUCUCCAUCCCCUCUACGACAAUAUCUCUCCAUUCACUGUACAACAUUAUUUAUUUCUCCAUCUCCUAUACGACAUUAUCUAUCUCUCCAUCCACUCUACAUUAUCAUUCUCUUCAUCCCCUCUAAGAAAUUAUCUAUCUCUCCAUCCCCUAUGCGACAUUAUCAAUCUCUCCAUCCCCUCUACGACAAUAUCUCUCCAUCCACUCUACAUCAUCAUUCUCUUCACCCUCUAAAUUAUCUAUCUCUCCAUCUGCUAUACGACAUUAUCAAUCUCUCCAUCUCCUAUGCGACAUUAUCUAUCUCUCCAUCUCCUAUGCAACAUUAUCAAUCUCUCCAUCCCCUCUACGACAAUAUCUCUCCAUCCACUCUACAUCAUCAUUCUCUUCACCCUCUAAAUUAUCUAUCUCUCCAUCUCCUAUGCGACAUUAUCUAUCUCUCCAUCUCCUAUGCGACAUUAUCUAUCUCUCCAUCCCCUAUACGACAUUAUCAAUCUCUCCAUUCCAUGCUGCUCUGCUGUCUGUCUCAAAUUCACACUAAACCUCUAUCUGUGUCUGUACACUUCCUUUGCAGCAUUAUAUGUCUCAAUAUUCCCUCUGCACCUUUUUUAUGUCUAUCCACACCUCCACAAAACUAUGUGUCUGAAACUCAUACAACACUAUUAGUCUCUUAACCCUCAUAUCACAAUCUGUUCUGGAUUCUCUCUCUACUACUAUCAGUCUGACAGUCUACAUGGCUGUCUGCAUCUGCAUGACCGCUACAUCUUUUCCUGUCUCUCCUUCCUCUCUACAUUGUUAUCAGUUUUUCUGUCCUGUCUACUUCAUUGCCUCCUGUCCUUUACCUGCACACGUGUAUUCAGCUCUAUCCUCUUUUCUGGCAUACAUGUUUCUGUAUUCCUUCCACACAUCUCUGUCUCUACAUUUCCUGUACAUGCCUCUCUAUCAGCAUCCCCUCCAAAUGCACUUUUUCUCUGCAUCCCCACUGCAUGUGUCUGUCUUUGCAUCCUCUCUGCAUGUGUCUGUCUCGGCACCCCCUCUACAUGUGUUUUUCUCUGCAUGCAUUUGCCUGUCUCUGCACCCCCUCUACAAGUGUCUUUUUCUACGUCCCCCAUACAUGUAUCUGUCUUUGCAUGCAUUUGUGUGUCUCUGCUUCCUCUCUUCAUGUCCGUCUUUGAAUCCCCACUACAUUCAUAUUUGUCUCUACAUGUCUGCCUAUCUAACCCUGCUUAUGUCUGUCUGUAAAUCUUUUGUACAUGCUUGUCUGUCUCUACACAGCUGUGUCUGCAUCUCACCAUUCUGUCUGUGUUCGUCUACACCGCUACCAGCUUCUCCAUCCCUAACUAAUUACCCAUCCCUCUAACACCUCUGUUUCUCCAUCACUUCUGCACAACUGCUACUCACUUUAUUCUGCACAGAUACCUGUCUCUCCAUCCAUUAUACCCAAAAUAUGGCUCUAUACCCCCUGUACACAGCUAUCACCCUCUUUGUCUCCUUGGCACUGGCAUGUAUUUCUUCAAGUCCUGUACAUUUAUAUCUGGCCCUGGCUUCUGUGUCAGCCAUUUAUCCCCAUAUUGUGCCUCCACCCUGUCCAUUAUCUAACCCCAUGUCAACUUCCUGCACUUGGGCUGGACCCAACAACACUCCUGCUCAUCCUUGUCUGUCUGUCUGUCUACUCAGCAUUCCCUUUGUGUCGAAUUCAUAAGAAGAGGGUCAGCGCCUAUCUGUGCAUUUCCCGUAGCAAUGUACAGAGCGGUGUUAAGUAUCACUACUUUUUUACGUACUUAUUUUUCAUUUCUUGAGGGAAAGUUAUUUUCUAACGAGAUAGACGUCUUCCUUUUGUACUUACAGCAGAAUAUGGUCUCAGACACCAGACUGUUUCUUGCUGUAUCUGACAGACACACACACACGCACCCACCCACUCACACAGACACGCAUGCACAUGCAAAGCACCUGCGUGACCCAGGUAGCUAACCAACCAUUUGCAUGUUCCUAGUUGGCUGCUCUGCACUUGUAGUAUAAGAGUUCAGAGACCUUUUCCUUUCCUGCGUAAGCCCGAAACAGGAAGUGAUUGCCUACAUGCCAUGUCAAACUCUAGGCAAAGCCCAGCCUGUACACAUCGAGAAUACAUACUACACCUUGCAAGGAUCCCAUGAUAUAAGUAAACUGGGCCUGGCCUACUAUGAGAGACACAGUGCUGUCCCAAACUAAUUCCGGCAAUAAGAAGAUGGACCACUGGAACAAUCAAUAAAAGUAGUAAAUUUAUUACAAAAGGACAUCACAGACAAUUGCAGAUUUAAUAUGCUAAAGGGAGGAAUAAAGAAAACACCUAAAAGCAA